CUUUGCCUCCCGCCAGCCGGGGCUUGGGCUUUGCACCCGGCGGUGGCUGAGAACCGUGGCGGCUGCGGAGCAGGCAGCGCAGGCGGGCGGAGCAGAGCUGCCCGGCCCGGUUGCGGGCGAUGCCCCCGUGAGCCUCUCUCGCCGCCCCUCCCCGCCCCGCGCCCCUGCCCCUCGGAGGCCGCAGCGCGCCUGGGACCGGGCCGCGCCUUCCGCCGGGUCCGCGGGGCGGGGUCCCGGAGCACCUGCCCCGCCUUGCGGAGUCGCCUCGGCCAGCGGAGACCCCUCCCUGUCUGGACCCCGGCCCCACCUCCGGACUCUUAUCACAUCACCUCCUCCUGGAAGCUACCCUGAUUGUCUUCACCUCCUUUCUUGAAAACUGGUGUCUCAGAAGUUAACAGAAGGCUUGUGUAAAUGCCCUAGGUGUGUGCUGUUGGGAGGGGCACAGCCCCCUGUGAUGGGAACACCACAUUCAGAUUCAUCAGUUUGGAGGACCCCCUUCCACAGUCUGCCCAGGCUGGAGCCAGUUUUGUUCUGCCUGUUCUCAUUUUUUGGCUGUGAAAACAACAGUCACGCUUACUGAAUAUUUACUCCGUGCCUGAUACCGUUCCAGGCACUUUCGCCUGCGCUAAUUUAAUCCUUACGACAGUCCUACGAGGGUUGCCUGAGGCCCUGCCGCCCCGUGGAUCAUGUUUAACGGGGAGCCAGGUCCGGCCUCAGCUGCGGCCUCCAGGAACGUGGUGCGGAGCUCCAGCAUCAGCGGCGAAAUCUGCGGAUCCCAGCAGGCUGGGGACGGGACCGGGACCACCACCGCCAAGAAGCGGCGCAGCAGCCUCGGGGCCAAGAUGGUGGCCAUCGUGGGCCUGACCCAGUGGAGCAGGAGCACCCUCCAGCUCCCCCAGGCUGAGGGGGCCACCAAGAAACUGCGCAGCAACAUCCGGCGGAGCACGGAGACGGGUGUUGCCGUGGAGAUGCGGAGUCGGGUCCCUCGCCAGGGCAGCCGGGAGUCCACGGACGGGAGCACCAACAGCAAUAGCUCCGAUGGCACGUUCAUCUUCCCCACCACCCGGCUUGGAGGUGAAAGCCAGUUCAGCGAUUUCCUGGAUGGCCUGGGACCAGCCCAGAUUGUCGGGCGACAGACGCUGGCAACGCCACCAAUGGGGGAUGUGCACAUUGCCAUCAUGGACCGGAGCGGCCAGCUGGAGGUGGAAGUGAUUGAGGCUCGGGGCCUGACCCCCAAACCAGGCUCCAAAUCCCUCCCAGCCACCUAUAUCAAGGUUUACCUGCUUGAGAACGGGGCCUGCUUGGCCAAGAAGAAGACAAAGGUGGCCAAGAAGACCUGUGAUCCCCUGUACCAGCAGGCUCUGCUCUUUGACGAGGGGCCCCAGGGCAAGGUGCUGCAGGUGAUCGUCUGGGGAGACUAUGGCCGCAUGGACCACAAGUGCUUCAUGGGCAUGGCCCAGAUCAUGCUGGACGAGCUGGACCUGAGUGCCGCGGUCACCGGCUGGUACAAACUCUUCCCCACGUCCUCAGUGGCAGACUCUACGCUCGGCUCCCUCACCAGGCGCCUGUCCCAGUCCUCCCUGGAGAGUGCCACCAGCCCCUCAUGCUCCUAAGGACCUCAGGAAGAGGCCUGGAUGCAGUGUGGGAAGGGGUGCUGCCACCCCCCCGUCUCCUCCCCUGUACAUAGUCUUCCCGUCUUUCUGGACCCCUUGCCUUGCUGCAUGCCUGUUGGCUACUGGGCCUGUCCCAGCUGGCAGUGGAGACUCUAGUAUGUGUGCGUGUGUGUUUGUGUGUGUGUCUGUGUGUGACCAUGUUAGAUCUGUUCAUUUGUCUGGGUGUAUUUGGUCUUAGUGACUAUAUGGGCUGAAAUCCAUGUCUCUCUGUGUCUCGUUGUAAAGAAACCCAAAGGAGAGUUGCGUGGACAGGACUCCCCUUGAGUCCAGGGGUGGAAGUGGGAGACGCAGCCAUUGGUCCAUCCCACCUGGUCCUAGGCUCAGGGCAGAGCCUGCGUGUCCCCGCCUGUGCCUGUUCUUGGUGGUCCCUGCUUAGUUUUCUGUCUUGUUCUUUGUUCCACCUCUGCCUCUCCCAGCGCCUCUGCUCUUUUUUGAGGAAUGUAGCGUCCACUGCAGCUGGCCACACCGAGGCCCCUCUGGGAACCCUGACACCCCUCCUCUUCACUGAGCACUCCGGCUGCUCUUCCCACCGAAUGCAUCCACAGCAUGUAGCAUCUCACCUAGCGCCCUGGCCAGGGCUCUGGGGGGCAGACGAUGCCGGGGAGCUGAGGGCUUAAAGACCGCUUUCUCCCUCGGGCUGGCGCCACCUCCUUCCUACAAGUGAGAUUCAAGGAGGUGUCAGUUCCCAGGGUUGCAGGCCAGGUACCUUGGAGGAAAGUGCUGGUACCUCCCUUAGAAUUGUUCACCUCCUGUUUCCCUCCGAGCCUCCUCACCUGCGACAUGCCAAAGGAGCUCUCCCAGUGGACCCCAGGUGGUGUGGAGUGGACGGUCUUGACAUGCAAGAGGUUGGCCUCAUAGGGAUGUUACCUGCCAAAGUGGGCAGCCCCUGGCGGCACCUGUGUCCAUCCCAGGCCCUGAGGGUGGCCCUGUGCCCCCCUGGGCUCGUCCUGGAGGGGCCUGGCUUGUUGAGGAUGUGCCCAGGGCAGGGCUGCUGGCAGGAAUGAGGAGGGCUGGGGCUGACUUGCUCUGAGAAUCCUGUCCAACCUUUGGGGAUUAGCUGCAUGAAGUUGACUAUUGGGGGCUCUAUUUUUUUUUUUUUUUUUUUUUUGCUCUUUUCCAGACCAGGGUCCAUGUCUGGGAGCUCAGAUCCACUGAGGCUUCAGCCUCCUGGCUCCACGGACAGCUUGGCUGUAGACUCUAGACCAUCACAGUCACCAGCUCUGUAUAAGCAAUACUCACCCCUCUCGGCCUCCUUGCCCCCUGCCCUCUGCCGCUGCCCUCUGGAGGGUAGCCUGGCCUGCUGUAGACACCACGCCUGCCUCUGCUUUCUUUCCACCCUUGUCUGGUUGGAGCUUCCCAAAGCCACUCAAACCCUGACCUGAUUGGACAGCUGGGCCCUGGGGGUGGGCAUCAGGGCCUGGACUGGACCUUGUGAGAUGUCUGCUGGGAAUCCUGAAGUCUGGCUCGGGAGUGCCCAAAUCUGUCCCUCUCCUUCCUCAGGUCUAGCAUGAAAGGCAAGAGGUUGCCCAGGAGGUAGACACAGCAGCCCUUGGGUUCAUGUCUGGUGGGGUGGAAAGAGGCAGCAGGAGGGGUCAAGGUCUGGGACAGGCUCGCGCUCUGCCUCUUCCCCAGCUAUCACCCCUGAGAGCUGCACUGACUCUAACCCGCGUAUGUGGGGAUCCGUGGAGAGGUGCUUGGACUCCAUCCAUAAGCGAAGCCAGACGGGCCUGGAGGUGGAUUCCGAGGCAGGCAGGUGGAGACAGAGGCUGAGACAGAGCCAUCCCCAACGGGGGGUCCUUUCUGGCAGGACCCACGUUAGGCUGAAGCCAGGGCCUGGCCACCUCCCUCCCGUGAAAACCAGGGGGAGAAGCCAGGUCCCCACUGCUCCUGCCCACAGACAAAAAGUGGGUGAGGGCAGUAAGGACAAGAUAAGCUCCUGGGCUCCUGGCUCCCGCUGGAGACUCCAUUCCUGUAUUAUCAUGGCGGGAACCCUUGUGGGUAUGGAGAGAGAGACAGCUAGGCUGAGUUUUCUCUUGCUGCAGAGAUUCUCUCCUAGGGUCAGACUGGGUAACGCAUGCAUUUCUCAUGUUUCUAAAAUAGGGCAAAGGGCUCUGCCCUCUUAGAUCCCAGGGCGGGGAGUGGGGGUGGGAACUCGCUUGCACAAGCGUCUUUCUGUGUCCUGUGGGUGAUGCAGAGCAGCCACCCUCAGAAUGGCUGAAAAUCCUUGAUGCCUUUGGGGUGCUGGGAUGAUUAGUGACCCAUAGGAUAGCAUAGGCAUUUGCUGAUGUGGCACCGAGCUGUGAUAUGCAGACCAUGCUGUUACCCCCAGGGAGUGGGGGGUAUCAGCGAGGGGUGUCACCUUCAUUCCUCUAGAGGCCCAGGAGGACAGAAGGAGCUACCAGCAGAGGCUGCUGCUGGGGAGCUGAAGGCUGCUGGCCCCUUGCCUCUGCAGAAGGUUGGAGGCAGGGGCUUGUUUGAAAAGCUGUUCUGGAGCUAGCCUGUCCCAGGAGAGGAGGGAGCACACGUGUGACUGCUGGCCUUCCCUGGAGGGGGCAGCACCUGUCCCUUGAAGAAGGCAUGGCGGGGAGGGAAGGAACAUGAUCCCCCCAGACACUGUUAGAUGCAGUGUCCUGACUCCACAUACCCCCUCCUUACCCCAGGGGACCCUGGGGCUGGUGACAGGGUGGGCUCUUUGUCAUUCCAUCUUCCUCUGCUCAGGCAGGAUUCGUGGAAGAUGUGGCAGAGACAGCAGUGGCCCUGCAGCGAUGCUGGGCUGAGGGCAGGAACCAUGACAGAUGAUUCAGAACAUCUGUCUUCAUGUUUCUGCUCUGUUCAAUCUGUCCCACUUCCUUCAUAGACUCCUUCCCUAAAGGGAAGUCUGUGAUGGGUCUUUGGUAUGAAUCAGGCUCCAGCAAAUGGGGCCAAGUCUUGGUUCUUCCCUGAAGAAUCACAUCCCCUUUGUCAAGCCAUCUCCUAAACUACUCCCCACCCAGUCUCUCCCCCCACCCAGCACUCCUAGGAAAGGAGCCCUUAGGAGACUCUCAGUAUGCAACGAGCCCAGGCACUGCCAGCAUUUCAGGGGGCCGAGAGAGAGGGUGCCCCUCUAGCUCAUCACUCGUGGGAUCACUGGUUCUCCCAGGGGCCUGACCCCCACCAGGGCAAGCAUGCCUGAGCUCUUCUUUACUGCCAGCCUUGAGGAGAGCAGAAGCCUCCCACCCCUUUUAAAGACACUAGAGCCCUCCAAGGGUACUUUUUUGGAAAUGAAAUGUAGCACAAUCUUCGACUGCAUUACCAGGAGCCCUGGCACGCAACCAGGCUUCUUGCUCCACACCCUGCUGUCCAGGAGAUGCCGUGCUCCUCCCCAGCCAGGGCUCCAGAGCUCCUCAUACCUCCGAUUCCCCAUCUUCUUCAGCCCAGAAAGCAUCAGGGCUUCAGGAAGGCUGCUCUUCCGCUUCUUUGAUUGCUUCCUGCACUGUGCGAAGCCCGUGCAAGCAAUUGCUGCCUUUGCUUGAUGGUGGAGACAGGUGGCGUGUCCUUCAGGGCCAGGAGGUGGUCCAGCAGGGUUUCUGCAGUGGCUGCAAGGAGAGGGAAAAGAAGAGGCCUGCUGCCCUGCCGACCGCUCCCUUUCUCUUCUUCUCCCUGGAGUUUUCUUCUCCAAUAUCCUGACACAGAAAGAGGUUCUUUAAAAUGCUGCUUCCUAUACUGGAUUACCGUUCACUGAAUGAUCAGGAAGGAGAUAGGAAUAUAGACUCAUCCCCUGCCUUCUCCCUCAAGUCUGCUUUUCACUCAGGUCAGAAGAAAUCGGGUCAAAACAAAGCAAUCAUGACUGAAGGGCAGGGGAAUCCCCGCCCGAUCCAGUGAGGCCUGAUGGAGGCUGGGUCAGCCUAGUCUGGCUGGGAAAGGGUUAUUUUGAAAGAGUGCCUGAGCAUCUCAGAGCGAUGUCAGUGAUGCCAAAGAGAGCAACUUGGCCUCCUCGGGCACCAGCUCUGCCAGCUGAGCCGCACACGUGCAGCUCAGGUGUCAGCAUGCCCGAUGGUGGGACCUCGUUCUCUGACAAAGGGCUUAAUCUUUCCAUGUAGCAAAGCAACUUCCCCUCCCCCAAACCCUGAGCUCAGGCUUUUGUGGGCCCAGCAAGGCUGUGCCUGUGAAGGAAACUUGCAUUCUCGCAGAGGCCCAGACUGGCUUGGGGAGGAUGCUUGUCAAAAAGCAUGAGUGUUACUGCUCUGGGAAAACCUUCCCAGGCUCUGAUUGGAAACUUGGCCAGUAAGGACAGGAGCCUUCGCCCUCCCUGGGAGCUCACACAGAUGCCAGGAAGGGUCCUUGGGACUGGGUUCCAGAGAGCUUGGCAAAGAGAAAUGGGCCCUGGGAAUUCCAAAGGCAACAGAGCAUCCGCCCCAAUGGUCAGUGGCCUGGACGGCUGGCUACAGAGAAUCAAAGGCUAUUAUAUACAGAGAAGACUUGUGCAAGACUCCUCACUUUUCUGGGCCUCAGCUUCCUCAUGUGCAAAACCAGAGCAUUUGCUAGUUACUCCAUGGUUCCCUCCAGGUUUUGAGUCUAAUCUGGAGUUGAUGAGGGUCGUGAGCCUGGUGCACCUGGCACCUGGUUCCACAGGCUGGUUCCUUUCAGACCCGGGUGCCCAAGCUGGGUGCAGGUCCUCACCCGUCCAUGCCCAGAUGCUGCUUCCGACAAGAACUCUGGGAAUCCUAACAGACUCUUCUUCUUCCACCUCUUCCUGGUUUGUUGUUGUUUUCUUACGUAAUGAGAUAAUUAAGGGUUGUCUACAAUGGACUUUUUCCAAGGUGCUGAUGUGAUGUCACAACCUCAGAUGCAUCCUGCGUAGGUCAGUAUCCCCACCAGCAGAUGAGGCUGGGUUGGUCCUCAUUUCUGCUUCUAGAAUGAGAAAAUGGGAGAAUUUUAAAGGGAGAUGCUCUCUGAUGGGAGGAGAGAGGGAACUUAUUUCCCUUCCAAGUAAUUUGCUUCUUGAAACCAAAAAUUACUCUUCUCCAGAAUGUCUUUUACCAGACACCAUCUCAGCAGGCAGAGUGGCUGCUGCUUUCUUAGGAAAAGUUGGCCUGAUUAUUCCAUCCACUCCUUUAGAAUGUAAAUUCAUAGGAGGCAAGAACCCCUUUUUUAGAAUUUCCAAAUGCAUCCUGCAAAGAGAGAGAGCAGAUAGGGACUGAGAAGCACACUGUUUAGAUAAGAAGCAAUUAGCCUUUUAUAUCUGUGCUCUAUACAUUUUCUAUGUGCAGCAUCUUUCCAAACUCGUUGUGGCUCCCAGGUGGCAGGUGGAUGGAUGGGAAGGACUGCCGGCUGUUUCUUACAACACUCUUGCCAAUUCCCUUGAAGAGAAAAUUCUUCACAUGGCUUCUGCAUGUACAGUAUUUGGGCAGCAAAAAAUGAUUAAAGUCCGUUUGAAAAUGGU